AAAACGUCAAAAUAUGACAGAUAAGCGAUAUCAAAAAGUUCAACAAAAAUGACAUGAAUCGCGUCAUUCUCCAUUCCGUUCAUUCAUUUUGCGAUCUCGAAACGAUCUUACUAUGUAGCUUGUUUUUAGUGCCAUGUGAAUCGCAAUUUCAUAGCUCGUUCGUAAAAAUCUGAAAACGAGAUGAAAACGAAGUUGUUUUUUGUGACACGAAUCACCCUCCAGUUCGUCAUUCUUUUUUCGUGCGAGGCAACGAGCGCACGCGCACUCUGUUUACAACAAGUGAAAAAAAAUCUACCCUCAUUUUGUGAUAAAAAUGCCGAAAAGAAGAAAUAGUGAAAAAAUUCGAGUUUAUCAAGAAAAAAUUCAAAAAUUACAAGAAAAGAAGGCAAAGCAGCAGAAUAGCCGGCGACGAUUUGUGGUGUAUUCCGAUUCGUCGAGUUCUGAAAACGAAUCAGACAAUGGAUGUCGAGAGUAUGAAACUGCCAAGACAGUCGGCGCGCGGGUUCCCACAAUGGACCCACAAGUGGUUGAGGCAUCACUCGACUCGGGAUCGCAACCAAUCGAAGUCGAGGAGUCCACGACUAUCAUGGAUAUUAACGAGCCCGGACCGUCUGUUCCGCUACAGCCUGACGCACAGGCGGGUGAGACCACGACAUUAGUCGAAGAUGUAGCACCGGUUCUGGACGCUGAAUUUCUUUGCGCCUUAGGCGACAAGAUUGAUGAAGUACCCACCUAUGGCGAAAAAAUUCACCCAGUUUUGGCCGAAAGAUGGCAACCGCUACUGCGUUCAAGUCUAAUAAAAAGGAAAGGUGAAAAUUGUGAAUUUGUUGUAGUGAUCGUAUGCCCACCGUGUUUAGGCUCUUUAGAAUGGUCUCGGGGUGUAGAUGACUGUGACAUGGUGAUCAGGGUCUGAUGAUGGAUCCCGAAGGUGGUCAUAGGAUCUUCGCUGUAGUCAACGUAGGCUCACCGUGUUUAGGCUCUUUAGAAUGGUCUCGGGGUGUAGAUGAGUUUGACAUGGUGAUCAUGGUUAAUAUGUUUUUUUUUUAUAGAAAUGGACAUCUCAUACCCAACAACAAGUUCUGGAUUAGUCGUGGCUUUACGUGUCCAAAGGACGCCAGAUGGGACACUUAAGAGUCCAAGAAAAUGUAAUAAUUGAAAGAACGGCCGGAGGGAGACUUAGAUCGUGGAAUCCCCAGAACAUCACUACUUCAGAUGAAAUUGAAGUAGUGGAUCACCUCGGGCCCCAUAGCACUAUCGAUGCCGAAGACAACCCUGUAAGUAUGCUGUUGUUGUUUGUGUGAUUAUUAACAUGAUACGUUACUAAUUAUUGCAUGUUUUGUGUGGAAUAUUUUGGUUAAGGUGUGGCAUGUUAUAUAUAGGAUGAAAAUCUCCUCGACGCGGCGUUGGCCGAAAGUCUCGCUGUUGACUCGGGCAGCGAGAUAGACGACGACGACGAGGAGAUUACGUUGCAGGAGCUUCGGCAAAUUUUCGAAGAUCAAGGGGAGGUGGGGCUUGAUGGUGAUGGGGAGGCAGCGUUGGACCAUGAAAUUGGUGAUUUUGUGUGGUCCAGCGAUUAUGCUACUUUUAGGGGGGAACGCGAGGUCUUCCAGGAACAGUCUGGUCCUAAAAUUGAAGGAACAAGUCCAGCUGGUUUGUUCACUCAAUUUUGGGGCCACCCUAUUAUGGAGGAAAUAGUUUUUCAGACUAAUAAAUAUGCAUGGGAGACCAUAGCGGCGGCCGAGGUAGAAACUCCAGGCCUCCCCCCUAAGUCGCGGGUCCACGACUGGGUUGAGACCACAGUGCCUGAGAUGUAUAGGCUAAUGGGGGUAAUGAUCCUCAUGGCAAUGUGUGUGCGUGGACGUCUCGAUGAAUAUUGGUCAUUGGGAGUUACGUCCAUGCCAAAUUUUCGAAGGCUGAUGACCAGAAACCGAUUUUUACUUUUGCUUAAGUUUCUUCACUUUGUCGAUAAUUACAUCAUUGUCAGGCACGGUCCGACAAGAAAGGUUGGGAAAGUGAAGCCAAUCAUCGAUUACGUUAAUUCUAAAUUUAAGUCUGCUUAUACGCCUCGCAGAGAAGUAGCUAUUGACGAAUCGCUGCUGCUUUGGAAAGGACAUUUGAGCUAAAUACAAUGCAUCCGGACUAAAGCAGCGCGUUUCGGCAUAAAAAGUUAUGAGCUCUGCGAGAGUAUAACAGGCUACGUACUCAAUAUAACCAUUUACACGGGGAAGGACACAGCACCCACAGAAUCGAUGUUUGGCUUCACUAGCUCAACCGCUAAAAUAGUGUUGAAACUUAUGCAGGAGUACCUAGGUAAAGGCUAUACUUUAUACAUGGACAAUUUUUAUAAUUCAGUUCCACUCAGCAGGUUUUUAAAGUCACGUCGGACUGAUGUUGUCGGGACGUUGAAUCGACGUCGAGUUGAUACGCCCGACGACAUAAAAAAACCUCACCGACUCGAGAAUACCUCGUGGGACGAGGGUAAGUCGACACUGUGGUGAUGUAUCUGUUCUUUCUUGGAAAGACGUUAAAUUAGUUACCACAGUGUCGUCUUUCCACAAGGAUAACAUGGUAGCUGGACAACGAGCUGGUGAGGCCUUGGCUAAACCUGAUUUAGUGGAAAAUUAUAAUCAACUCAUGGGCGGGGUUGACUUAAAAGACCAAAAAUUUACCAUGUAUCUAAUGGAGAGGAAGCGAGGCAUGAAAUGGUACAUAAAAGUAUUCAGGCGCCUAAUGAACACGACCAUUUUAAAUGCAUACAUAAUAUAUUCAUGUAACGGUCAGGAGAAAAAACUGACACACCGGCAGUUCAGAUAUAAACUGGUGGAGGAAUUGGGGCAGCAGUUUGGCGCAGACCAGCUUGCAAGAGACGUCAUUAUAGGUAAACCAUGUGCUCGGUUAAAUAAAGAUUUAAAUCAUUUUCCCGAGCACAUUGCGGUUACCGGCGAAAGAACUGCCACACAGUCGGGUCGCUGCGUCAGAUGUGCUGCCCUGUAGAAACCGACCAAGUCAA